AGAGGGAAAAGGAGGAGAGAGACGAAGAGAGAGAGAGAGAGAGACGGGUGCGGGGAGGAAGUGGCAGAGGGAGUACGUCGUUGUCCGCCACCAAGACAGGCCGCAGUCGUGGUUUGAUUAAUUUUGCCUGCACGCCGCCGCUGAUUCGGCAAAUGAGACAAGAAUUAUGCGUGUCCUCAGCAAAUUUAAUGACUCGCGUUUCUUAUCGUGUUCUUACGAUGACAUUGUAUAAUGCUUAGGUGUUUAGUAACCAGCUGUAGUUAAAGAAAUCUGUUACGGACGUUACGAACAGUUAUAUCAUAUUAUUCAAUUUCUGACAAGAGAAAGAAACGGAUCAUUUUAAAGUGUUCAAAGACAGUGAGUGGACUUACUGCGGUGUGAUUUAUUUCACAAAAACAUGGUUUAUUAUUUAAAGUCAAACGGUAAGGUUAAUGCCAAGAUUAUUGUUUCUUGGUAAGACACUGUUUUAUUCGUGAUCAUCUCUGAAGAUUUGAAAUGGUAAUGUUAUAUUCAAUGUCUUUUGCAAAAGCGUGAAUCCGUAUGUUGUCUUUAGCUGUGAACUUUGACAGCUUAAAUCCGUUUGCUCUCAAAACACUUAUACACGAGCGUGAUUAGCUAGCUUGCAUCAUGGAAAAUAUCAUGAGAUCAACACUGAGCAACGGGAGCUCAUCUCUCAAUCCAGACGUGGAUAUGGACAGACGAACUUUCCUAAAUUCGGGUGGAAAUUCAACUAUCUUUAUAACAACGACCAUCAACAACGACAGCUCGUCUGCUUUUAGCACGGGGUUACCCACCUCAACAGACAUGUCCUCUUUGAACUCAUCAAACAACAUAAACAUGACCAUGUUACCCCCGGUAGAAAUGAUCCCGUAUGCCUCACAAAUUAUUCUUGUUAUGCUAUACACAUUGACCACAGCGGCUGCUCUUAUAGGCAACUCGUUGGCUAUAGUAGUUUUCACAAAAGGCAAACGCUCAAACACCGAGUUGCGCCCAUUUCUAUUGAAUCUUGCCGUGGCGGAUUUAAUCAUGGCUAUUUUCUGUAUUCCCUUCACCUUUGCCUACCAAAUCACUGGACACUGGAUCUUCUCUGAUAUUAUGUGUCCUAUCGUCCAGUGCUGCCAAGUGGUCAGUGUUCUUGCCUCGGUCAGCACCAACACGGCCAUUGGUAUCGACAGACUGGUCGCUGUAAAAUUUCCUCUUCGGAAGAGAGUCACCAGCUCUCGGUCUAAACUGGUGAUUCUGUGUAUAUGGGCGUUUGCCCUGUCCCUGGGUGUGAUCGCUCUCAUCACGGGCCGCACCAAGGAGGUAGGUGGGAGAGUCUUGUGUGAGGAGGUGUGGCCGGACCAGGACAGCAAGCUGGCCUACGGCUUCUUCAUUAUGAUCAUAACCUACUUUCUGCCCGUGACCAUUCUCUCUGUGACUUAUAUCGGAAUUGGCCGCCAGUUGUGGCGCCGUAACUUGCCUGGGAAUGCAGAUGACAACAGGGAUGCGCAACAGCUCAAGUCGAAACGAAAGGUAGUUAAAAUGCUUGCCACCAUUGUCUUACUCUUCGGCUUGUGUUGGCUCCCGCUACAUCUGUUCAUGAUGGUGGUCACCUUCAAAUACAACGCCUUCGGAGACGCUGCCAAUGAGAUCUACUUCGGAGUCCACUGGUUGUCCAUGGCCAACAGCUUCGUCAACCCGGUGGUCUACGGAUUUAUGAACGAUAAUUUCAGAGCUGACCUCCGUAGCCUGCAGCAGUCCUGUCACUGUUGGCCCUGGAGCCGUCACCGCAAGGCCAAAUACCGAACCGCUGCCAUGCGGUGGCGACUCGGCGACCACAAUGUGCACGACGCCACCGCUAACUUCUACGCCACCCGCACCCUCAAUCGUCACCACGUGCACAGCAAACCGACCGCUGAGACAGACACGCGCCAUUCGAUGUGGAGGAACGGACACGCCCACUCCCGGAGCGCUCCCACUUUUGACACUUCCGGCUUGAGUAAGAAUGACUAUGAUGGAGAGAGUCAUCUCCCCUUGAAGGCUUCGGCUCAAGCUAGGAGACAGAAUGGAGAUACAAAGAAGGACAAUAGCACAGGGGAUGACGUCAGAGGAGGUCGGAAUAUUUUCAUAUCGGGAAAAAGGCGUCAUUAUCAGCCCUGUGUGCAUCGAGACUCCAGACCUGGUUCCAGUGAAGAGAACGGAUUUCUGUUGGUGGGGAAUUCGAAUAACCGUAAUGAUAUUGUCCGAUCUUCUGGAAAAUCAGGUUGUGGGCAUUCAGGUGUUUUUUACGACGGCUCGGACCACGUGGUUCUCAAAGAUAGCUACAGAAAAAUCAACGGCGUCUGAUUUGGAACGAAGUCAGAGACAUUUGUAGAUUUUUUAAGAAAACGGCCCAUAAAAAAUCACAGACCAUAUCAUUGUCGAACCCGGUUGUCACGUUCAGGAUAGAAAGUUGUCGGGAAUCACUCAUGAGCAAAGGACAGUAAAGGUUUAACUGAUCACUGAACUCAUUUUAUUUUCAAAAGCCGUGACCAAUAUCUGGGGUGUAAACAAAAUACGUGACUCAAUUCCCUGGCUGGAGAUUAUAUUUUAUAGUAAUCUCGUCCUGUUUUUUCUGAGAUGCGAUACUCCAUUCAGUCAAGAUCGGACCUUACAGGCGCGGUCAAAACAGCUCGCUUGGUAAAUGUUCUAAACUGUGUUUAUUGAGGCGUAGUUUUGGAGGCUGUGGUUGGGUUUCUUUUCGUGCUUGCAUCCCGCAACAGUCUUGUUGGCACUUUAUCGUGUCUUUGGAAAAGUAACAUAAAAAACUAUUAGUAAAACACUUUUCAAAAAGGUACGUUUAUUCAAAGGGCUGAGGCCUCUGAGUUUGACGUCCAGUCACGUGAGACUUGAAAACUUCCCAAUGACUCAGUGAUUGAUGAAGGAUAUGGAUAUAGUUUUGGGUUAAGGUUGAGGGUAUGCGAGUAGUUUGUUUAAUGAUGAUGCAAGGGAAUCGUAUCCUUUUCUCAACGAAUAAUCAAAUCGCUUCUUACUCUCUUCAUGAAAGAGUGUGUUUCAACUCCACCUUAUCCUGCAGUUUUCAACCAUUCAGGAACCACAUAAUAUUUGGCAACCAUCUGUAUUCCUCAAUAUUCCCAGACUGUCCGAUUUGACAAAUUGUCCUCCCGUCUUUUUGUCUACUUGCCUCUUAUUCUCCCUCGUGGUACUUCACCCUAAAGAAUUGUCUUAGCAUGCCCAUAAAAUUAUUGUGAUCGUGAAAUUACCCACCGUUUUUCACUGAGAUUAGUGGUCGCACUGUGUUGCUUAAAUCGGUUUCUUACUUUUUCUAAAGCGGCUUGGCGUUUGCAGAAGAUGUAGAUCUUGGUCAGUGGGUUAUAGAAUUGCGUAGAAGCGAACAAUAUCACUUUAAGGUUAGUUUAUAGCUUCUCAAAUCUUAUCUUGGACACGGCAGGGAAUUGGAAAUUCUAACCUAAUAACGGAAAACAUGUAUAUUUACACCACAAAAGAUCUUUUACUUCCUUAUCUUCAGGGGUUGUUGAGAUGAAAUAAAGUUCUAGAAUAGGCUUGACACUGAAACAAUUAAGGGAGACUGAUCUCUUAAACUGGGUAGAGACAUAAAUGAUCAGUGACGGCCUUUGUGACUUAAUGCUGUGGCACUAUAUGCUUCUGUCCUUUCUGUUGUCAUAAUUUACUGGUGUCUACUGUGUAGUGGUCAGAAUCUUUGCCUUGUAUUCAGGAGAAGUGAGUUCUAGUCCCAAGAGAGAAUGAAUGUUACAUAUGGAUUGUGUCCAUCUUUCCGAUGGGAUGAUGUACCACACUCAGCCAAGGUGACCCAAAUGAGCUUCCUUUCAAAAAGAUGUGGAAGUGUGAGAUGGCUGUGUAAAACACUUGCAAAUAAUUUUGUUAUAUUCUAAAGUGAACAUAACAUGUGUUGCCUUGGUCUUGUUGUUACCUUUCUGAUAUUUUGAUUAUUGUCCAUUUUAUCAAACAUUUGAUUAUUCAUUACUGGAAUAUUUGAAAUGCCGUACUGAAAUGUUUAAUGUGAUAGAGUUUGUAAACAAGGUAUUUGUGACGUAAUGCUAUGCUCUAUCUACCUCAAACUCCCACCCUCUCGCCUUAUGGAUGUAUACUGUGUGACAUCUAUUAUAUGUGUAAUUGUUUGUUUGUGUUCAUUCCUACUAGGUAAAAAUAAGUGCUUCAAUGUGAGCUUCUAUGAUACGUUUAUUUACUUUUAAAACUUAUUUUGACUCGGUAGGAAAAACGUGCUUCAACGUGGGAUCCACCGUGUGUAGCUGCCUGUUAUUCUUUUUAUAGACAUGGCCUUCACAACACAGACCCCCACAAAUGAAGAGGACAGUAGAUACUGUAAGUGCGUGAAAAGAUGAAACCGCCUCGCCUUAGAGGUUGUGUUUUGUGAGAAGCACCCCCAUCAGAGGGUGAAUUGAGCCCAGUAAAGGGUAACCUCAUAGAUCAUAUUUAUAUUGCCCAACCCCAUCGACGCGGCAUUCUCUUGUUCUGGUGAAUGACAAAGUAUCUGUGACUACAUUUUUUAAACCUUCUAAAGGGGUUAUUUCAAACGUAUUGCUCAAAGUACGGUGUCCCGUACAAUUCAGUCCUAACUCUUGAUGCAGAAAUGAAGCAAUAUGUUUGAAGGAACAAAAGGGGCAACAGCACCAGGGCUCCUGCCAAUCACUCACUUUUAUUUUGUUUUAAUCAAAGAAAGGAAAUUCAGCAAAGCGGGUGUAGCACUUGAAAAAGAAAAUUCAUCUAGAAAAUAUUUUACACCUUCGACGGUUUAUAUCAAACCGUCUUUUCAGAACAAUGUAAAUAAAGGGGUCAUGGCAGCGUGUUGUUGUAAGGGGGGGGGUGGGGAUUCGUUGAUAAGAUAAGAAAGUUUUUGAAAAACACAACUUGUUGAUUUACUUAUUUCUGUAUCAUUGUACUCUCACGUUACUUGUCAAUGCAAUAUAAUUGUUGUUACCGAGUAAAAUGGUUAUGUUUGUGUUUAAAAUGAUUGUCAGAUCAUCAUCAAGAUCAUUAUCAUCAUCAUGAUCAUCAUCAUGAUCAUCAUAUUCAUGAUCAUCAUCAUCAUCAUGAUCAUCAUCAUCAUCAUCAUCAUCAUCAUCAUCAUCAUCAUCAUCAUCAUCAUCAUCAUCCUCAACAUCACCAUCAUCCUCAUCGUCACCAUCAUCAAUGGCGUCGUCAUGGUAGUGGUUGUCAACAUCACGUGAACAAAAGCAAAACUUCUUCUAUCAAGUCAAAGCGAACAAGCUUUUUUUAAAAAUUUGGACAGAAAUGUAUUGUCAAACAACACUUAAAUAGUGCAUAGUUGAGACAUAGCUGGGCAAGCGGACAGAUGCACAGCAAGACUAAAAAAGAUAGAAAAAUAGACAUGUUGACUAGCAAAAAGCAUAAACCUGUCAGAAAAAUAAACAAAUUGCCAUUUAUUGAAAAUUCACCCCAAAAGAUAAACUGACACGGAAGUGUUAUGCAGAGACCGCUUUACGAAUAACUAAAGAUCUUAGUUAAAUGUACAUAUAAAAAAUGUAAUAACAUAUCAUUCUAAAAAGAUAUGAAAGUGUUACUGUUAAAUGAAUCAUGUGUGCAUUGUUACGGAACCUUAAACUGUGCACACGCCAGCUGUCGUUUGGGUGAAAGGGUUAUCUGUUAUAACUCAUGUAAAUAAUACCAUUGCACUUUAAGUUGUGUCACUGAAAGCAAUAGAGAAAAUGGGAACUGUUUGGUAUCACUUUGGUGUUCGUCUGCACUGUGAUUCGACUGAAAAAUAAAAUUUGAACACGUAUCUUUUCAA